AUGUCUCGUCCUGGCACCACGCUCUAUGUCACCGGUUUCGGGCACGGAACUCGAGCUCGCGACCUUGCCUACGAAUUCGAACGGUUUGCUUUUGUGGAAUAUGAGAGCCGCCGUGAUGCAGAUGAUGCGUAUCAUGAAAUGCAUAACAAACGAAUUGGACGGGAUGAUUUAUUGAAAAUUGAAUGGGCUCGCACUCCACCAUCUGCUUCUUGGAGGUUUGAUUCUGGCCGAGACCGUCGGCGCGAUCGUACACCGCCACGCCGUGGUCGUUCACCGUCGCCUCGCCGUGGCCGCGGCGAUUAUUCUCCUCGUAGGGAUGACAGGUACGAACGGGAAUACGACCGACAUGAUCGUGAUUAUGACCGCCGCGACCGGGAUUAUGACCGACGUGACCGUGACUAUGAUCGCCGCGACCGUGACCGUGAACGCUCGCGCGACCGUUCUCGCAGCCCUGAUGAGAGAGAACGUGAUAUCAAGGAUGACAGGGAACGCCGUGAUGAUGAACGUGAACGCCGCGACGAUGAGCGUGAGAAUGGCCCAAAUGGUGAAGAAAGAAAAGUCCUUCUAGACCCUUUAACUUCUGCCCAUGAUGAACUUGACACUGCUGAGUAG